AUGAAUCGUACAUUAUUCGAUUGUGGUAUCAAAAAGUCAGUAGAACUGAAAGAUGGACGGCUUUACGACAUUACAGAAACAUUAGGAAAGUCAGUUGAACUGAGCAGCAAAUCUUUGAAAUGCAACAUCUGUGAAAAAUCGUUUACAGGAGAGCAGUAUCUUAACAUUCACGUGCGCCUAAAACAUGAAAUUCAGUCUGCUGCUGCGGCUGGUAACACUCAUCGUAGUUUAAGCCAAGGACCAUCUGGAGUGUUGCAGACAGAUUCAUUAGAGAAUCUUGACAAUCGUCAAUCUGAAUCAGACAAAGAAUUCAAUAUUAAUGGCCAGUCGGGACAAGGCCAAAGGCCACAACAACAGGAAAAGCGAAGAGGAAGUGCUAAACGGAACUCAUACACCCUGGACUUUAAAAUAAAAACUCUUAACCGUUUGGAUCAAAUCAAAACCAAGGGAAAGGUGGGCAAAUUUUUAGCAGUUGCAAAGGAAAGGGGAGUCAGCAAAUCCCUGGUGAUAAAAUGGAACAAAGAAAAAGACCGAUUACAAGAACAACUAGUCCUCAACAAAUACAGGAAAAACACGGGCCCAACCACAGCUGCUAGACGAAGGCGGAGAAUUACUGAUAACCGAUCAAAACAUAUGGAAAAGUACCCUCGGGCAUCAAAAUUACUGGUAUCAGAAUUUAAACUGCGUAGAGCAGCAGGCAGCAAAGUUUCUAAACUUUGGAUUAAGAAAACAAUGAAAGCUAAAAUCGAAAUGUGCUACGGUAAAGAAGCAGCAGAAAGGUUUAAAGGCAGUCACAACUGGUUUCAGCGAUUCAAGAAAAGACAUGGCAUUGUUCUCAGACGUCGCACAAACAAAAAGAAAGAUUCUGCAGAUGAUGGUAGGAGUACUAUACAGAAGUUUCACAGGAAUUUGAGGAAAUCUUUAAAAACACAAAGGAGAAGAAACAGGUCUUCUAUUGAUCCAAAAUAUGGAAGAUGGCUACCCAAGAACAGAUACAACAUUGAUCAGGUGCCCCUUGCAUUUGUUACUGGGCAAGAAACAACUUAUGAUACAUUGGGUAGCAAGCAGGUAUGGGUGUCACAACCAUCAUCUGGCUUAGAUAAAAGGCAAGCUACCCUACAACUUUGUAUACGUGCCGAAGGUGAACAAAAUGUCAAGCCAGCCAUCGUAUUCAGGGGAAAGGGGAAUUUAAGUAUCUUUGAGAAAGAACAGUAUGACAAGGGAGUUGAUGUGUUUUACCAGCCAUCUGCCUGGAUGGAUACAGAGGUAAAUAUGCACUAUGAACAUCAGAUGUCUGAAGUAUCAAGCACUGAUGACAAGUCCUUUCGUAGCAGUGUUGGUAUCGAUAGUGAAGAUUCUGAAGAAAGAAAAACCAGAAGGAGUGGGCAAAGGAAAAUUCACCCCAGCAUGUGGGAUGGUGUGGUGACGGAAGAAGUAACCUCUCUUCCAGAAGGAAUUGAUGGACUCUCCUCAUACAAAUUCAAAUACAGCACUCAAAAAAACAAGAAUGAAAUACUUCAAGCUGAUGGAAGAAAAUGGAAGAAAAGUUCACAAACAGAAUGGUCCAAUGAAAAAAAUAAUGGCGUGGAUGUAUGCGCCGUAUGCGAACAACCAGUUACCUUUCAGCCAUGCGCUGCACGCCGUUACGUUAAAUCAGGCAAGAAAAAUGUUAAAGUUUUUCGCAUUGGAACACACACGUGCCCAAUAAGGCACGUGAACUCGAAACCAACAGAGAAGGUCAAAGAUCUGUUACAAAAGAAUCCAGAUUUGAAGCCUUCUCAAAUUCAGUCUACCUUCAUCCUCUCUGCAUUACGAAAUGGAGAUGAUUUGGCUAAAGUAAAGAAGGAAGCUUCUCAAGUACUCGACAGAAAGUGGAUAUCCAACCAAAAGCAGGAACUCAAAAAAAGUGUUAACCCGUCUGGCGAAAACUUCGAAGCUCUGGCCACAUUUAAACAAUAUGUUGACAAAGAGGACAAGCUUCUGAUUUAUAGAAUCAUCGACAGGCGCUGCAAUCCAGAUAUUCCAUCAUACUGA